AUGGUCAGGAGGAUAAAUUUUCUUGCUCCCUACUUCUUUGCUGCUGCUGCAUAUUCACAAAAGCCAUUGGUUUCAAGUUAUUCUCAACCAUCGAUCUCCUCCAACCAUGAAAAGAAUGGAUAUUUUCUGCGCAUCUCCAGCCUCCACAGCCAUAUGCUCUAGCAUGGAACACCGUUCGAUGGUCCGCCGUGGCCCCAGACCCAUUGAUCGCCGCAAUCCACACAUCCAUGGUCGAAGAAAAAGCCAACCUCACGUCCCCUGUUCAUCUCAAUUUCCCAUAAAUCCUAAGCCCUAUUAUGAAAAGUAUAGGCGGAGCUCCUCUACUUCUAACCAAACUGAUUUACGUAUAAAAAGCUCCGCCGACAUAAAUGAUCUGAACAGUCCUCCUGGUUCCUCUAGAUAUCUUCUAAGCGACUCACCCUUCAUCGACUGGUUAUCAGAUCAGUCUGAGCCGGCCGGCGCCUCUGCAUUGGUUCCUGCUGAGCCGGCAAAGCCCCGGCGCCCGAGCUCAAAUGACUCUCCUGCCUUAAAAUCAUCUUUUUCAGCUCGCUCCCAUGAUCAGGUGGUGGUUUUGUGGGUGUCAAUCCAUUGUAAGGGCUGUGAAGGAAAAGUGAGAAAACAUAUUUCAAAAAUGGAAGGAGUGAGAUCAUAUAGUAUAGAUUUGGAGACAAAGAAAGUGACAGUAAUUGGGGACGUGACACCUUUAGGUGUACUGGCGAGUGUGUCCAAGGUGAAAAAUGCACAGCUUUGGCCGUCGCCGACAUCAUCAUCAUCCCCAUCUCCAUCUUCCCGAUGGUCAGCAUGAGCAGUUGCAAAUCAAACUAGAGUUUCUAUUUAAGUUUUUUAUGUACAAGUUUGGUAUCCCAGAAGGGUGUGUUUGUAUGCUUAUAUGCAUGUUUGAUAAACUUAAUUAUCAUGUAAAUAUAGACUCCUUUUCUGUGGGAUUGGAAUCAUAAACUUGGUUUGUUCUUGUUCAGAGAAGAAAGUUAAAGUAAAAGAGUACUUUAAAAGGAA